AUGUCUAGCCAAUAUCGCAUCGAGGCGUCACCCAACAACAGAGCUGGUUGCCAGGAUAAGGUCUGCAAGGACUCUGGCCGUAAGCUCAUGAAGGGCGAGCUGCGUUUCGGCGUCUAUGUCACUCUCCCUAACACUGGUGAUCAUGGUGGAUGGAAAUGGCGACACUGGGGUUGCAUCUCGGGCAAGACCCUCGCCAACGUGCAAGAAGCCCUGAGCAGCGGUGAUGGCUAUGAUUGGGAUCUGCUCGAUGGCUACGAUGAGAUGCCUGACGAUGCCACCAAGAAGAAGAUCCGGCGUGUCGUGACUCAAGGCCACAUCGACCCGGAAGACUUCAACGGCGACCCUGAGUACAAUGUCCCCGGCAAGGCCGCCAUCCGCGGACGUGCCAAGAAGGUAAAGCCCGAAGACGAAGGCGAGGGCGGUGCUGGCGAUGACUCCCCCGAAAAGCCUGCUCCUAAGAAGGCUAAGCGUGGCCGCAAGAAGGCUGAAGAGGAUGAGGACGAGGAAGAGGAAGCACAGCCGGCCAAGAAGAAGGCCAAGGGCGGUCGCAAGGCCAAGACGGCCGUCGAAGAGGAUGAGGACGAGGAAGAGAAACCCGCUCCUGUCAAGAAGCCUCGAGCCAAGAAGCAGGCAACGAAGGCCGUCGAAGAGGAUGAGGACGAGGAAGAGAAACCCGCUCCUGUCAAGAAGCCUCGAGCCAAGAAGCAGGCAACGAAGGCCGCCGAAGUGGAUGAGGACGAGGAGGAGAAACCUGCUCCUGUCAAGAAGCCUCGAGGCAAGAAGCAGGCAAAGAAGGAGCCAUCUCCUAUCAAGGAGGAGGAGGACGACGAGGCCGAGCAAGAGGAACCCGCUCCUGUCAAGAAGCCUCGAGGCAAGAAGCAGGCAAAGAAGGAGCCAUCUUCCAUUAACGAGGACGACGACGACAACGAAGACGAGGCUCCCAAGACGGCCAAAGCCAAGGGCGGCCGCAAGGCCAAGACUGCCGACGACAAGCCCGCCGCUCCUGAGGGUGUUCGACGAGGUCGUUCCAAGGUCACGGCUGAAGAUGAGGACUGA